GCAAAUCAGCAACACAAAAUGCAAAGGAGAUGUUGUUUUAGAAGCAGCACUCUCCUUCAAGGAAACAACACUGGAGCAGAGUUUCUAAAAAAAAGGGCAAGCGCAAGACGAUGAAGAUGAAGAUGAUAAUGAGGAGGGCUUUCACUAGUUGCUUCACUUCAAACACUCUCCUUCCAUUCCCAAGACUAGGUAAUACUAUUACUUCUACUACUACUAUUGCGUUGCUUCGAUUGCAUUCACUUUCUCAGCCAUCCACUUACCCUAACCCUAAUCACAUACCCAAUCAUCUUACGAAAUUUGAACAAUUACUUUUGGAGAAAUCUAGAGUUGGUUUUGAUAAGCUCGACGAUGCUCUUCGAGUGUUUGAUAAAAUGCUCCGGAUGAAACCUCUGCCUACAGUCAUCAAUUUUAAUGAACUCUUGGCCGCCCUUGUCAAGAUGAAACAUUACUCCGUGGCUGUCUCCGUCUUUUCAGAUAUGUGCUCUUUUAGCAUUCCUGUUGACAUAAUUACUUAUAACACCACCAUCAACUGUUGUUGCCACUUAAAUCGAGUUGAUUAUGGCUUUGCGCUCUUGGCUGCCAUCUUUAAGCGAGGUUUUGUCCCGGAUGUUGUUACCUACACAACUCUUCUCAGGGGACUCAUUUCCCAGGACAAGUUUCUUGAGGCUGAGCUUCUCUUCAAGAACCUUCUCAAGCAAAAUCAAGUUGAGCCCAAUGCAGUUAUCUUUAACACCAUUAUUAAUGGCCAAUGCAAAACAGGCAACACUUCCCAGGCUAUGAUGUUGCUUAGAUACAUGGAGAAGAAAGGUUGUAUGCCGAACGUUGUAAAUUAUAGCACUAUUAUUGAUAGUUUGUCCAAAGACAGAUUAGUCGAUGAUGCUCUGGGUCUUCUUGCCGAAAUGAGAGACAAAGGCAUUCAACCAGAUGUUGUAACCUACAGCUCGUUAAUUCAAGGUCUGUGCAACCUUAACCGAUGGGAAGAUAUAACACUAUUGUUAAAAGAUAUGGACAGACACAAAAUUUCUCUAAAUAACCGUACCUAUAAUAUAUUGGUUGAUGCACAUGCCAGAGAUGGAAAGGUCAAAGAUGCUGAAUAUUUGAUAGAGUUAAUGAUUCAAAGAGGCCAACAUCCGGACGUAGUCACAUAUAGUACGCUAAUGGAUGGGUACAGCUUGCGGGGAGAAUUGGAUAAAGCGUUAGGUGUGCUUGAAAUAAUGAGAAAUGAGGGGAUUUUGCCAGGAGCUCAUACCUAUAAUAUAUUAAUCAAUGGUUAUUGUAAGAAAAUGAAAGUAGACACAGCGAUACAUCUCUUAGAAGAAAUGCCAAGGGCAGGUUUAACACCUACAGUUGAAACGUACAAUACUAUUUUGGAUGGGUUAUUUCGUACGCGUAGGCUUGAUGAAGCACAUAAGUUUUAUAAGAAGAUGCUAAAACAAGGUGUCAAACUAAAUAUAGUGACAAGCCGGAUCUUGUUGUAUGGACUUUGCUGGAAUGGACUUCUUGUUGAAGCAAUGUUCAUGUUUCACAAGAUGGAGUCAUGUGGCUUAGUUCCUGACAUAUGCAUUUAUAAUAUUCUGAUUAAUGGGUUAUUCAGGGACAACAAGGUUGACAAGGCAAGAAACCUUUAUCAUAAUCUUCUUUUGAAGGGUUUACAGCCUACUGUCAUAACCUACAACAUUAUGAUACAAGGAUAUUGUCAUCAAGGGUUGCUGGAAGAAGCACAUAAAACACUUUUGGAAAUGGAAGAAAACAAUUGCUUGCCUAAUGGAGUUACCUACAACACUCUUAUCCGCGGCUGCUUUAAGAAUAAGAUGUAUGAUGGAGGUUGUGUGCUUAUAGAUGAGAUGGUUGCUCAUGGUUUUAAAGCAGAUGCCUCUACCGCCUCCAUGCUAUUCGAUUUGCUGCAAUUAAAAGAGCAGGACCCUGCGCUCCUUGCUUUGCAGAAGAAGUUCAUGCCUGAAGCUGGUUUCUCGGGAGAUGCAUACCACCUAGUAAAAAAUCACUAUACUUACAACACAUUUAUUCGUGGCUGCUUUGAGAAUAAGAAAUAUAAUGAAGAAUGUGUGGUUAUAGACAAGAUAGGUUCUUGUGGUUUCUCAGUGGGUGCCCCUACUACAUUCAUGCUGCUGCACUUACUUGAAUUACUGAUAGUCCUUGCUGUCAUGUUAUUGCAUUCACUUUCUCAACCCUCCACUUACCCUAACCCUAAUUACAUACACACUCAUCACACGGAACUUCAACAAUUACUUAACGAGAAAUGUAAGCUUGGUUUUGAUAAGCUGGACGAUGCUCUUGUUGUGUUUGAUAAAAUGCUCCGUAUGAAGCCUCUUCCUACUUUCAUCCACUUUACUCAACUCUUGUCCGCCCUUGUCAAGAUGAAACAUUACUCUGCGGCUGUCUCCGUCUUUUCAAAGAUGUGCACUUUUAACAUUGCUGUCGAUAUAAUUACUUAUAGUAGUGUCAUCAACUGUUGUUGCCAUUCGAAACGCGUUGAUUAUGGCUUUUCGCUGUUGGCUGCCAUCUUUAAGCGUGGUUUUGUCCCUACUACCGUUACAUACACAACUCUUGUUGGGGGACUCAUUUCCCAGGACAAGUUUCUUGAGGCUGAGCUUCUCUUUAAGAACCUUCUCAAGCACAAUCAAGUUGAGCCUGAUGCAACUAUCUUUAACACCAUUAUUAAUGGCCAGUGCAAAACAGGCAACACUUCCCAGGCUAUGAUGUUGCUUAGAUACAUGGAGAAGAAUGGUUGUAUGCCGAGCCUAGUAACUUACGCCACUAUUAUUGAUAGUUUGUCCAAAGACAGAUUAGUCGAUGAUGCUUUGGGUCUUCUUGCGGAAAUGAGUGACGGAGGCAUUCAACCAGAUGUUGUAACCUACAGCUCAUUAAUUCAUGGUAUGUGCAACCUUAACCGAUGGGAUGAUAUAACACAAUUGUUUAAAGAUAUGGACAGACACAAAAUUUCUCCAAAUAAGCAUACCUAUAGUAUAUUGGUUGAUGCACAUGCAAGAGAUGGAAAGGUCAAAGAUGCUGAGUAUCUGAUAGAGUUAAUGAUUCGAAGAGGCCAACAUCCAGAUGUAGUCACAUAUAAUUCAGUAAUGGAUGGAUACUGCUCGCGGGAAGAAUUGGAUAAAGCGUUAGCGGUGCUCAGAACCAUGACAAGCAAGGGGAUUUUGCCCGACACUCGUACCUAUACUAUAUUGAUCAAUGGUUAUUGUAAGAAGAAGAAAGUAGACACAGCAACAACUCUCUUAGAAGAAAUGCCCCUGAAAGGUUUAACACCUACAGUUGAAACAUACAGUACUAUUUUGGAUGGCUUAUUUCGCACGCGUAGGCUUGAUGAAGCACAUAAGUUUUAUAGGAAGAUGUUAAACCAAGGUGUCAGACUGGAUAUAGUGACAUGUUGUACCUUGCUUCAUGGACUUUGCUGGAAUGGACUGGUUGUUGAAGCAAUGUUCUUGUUUCACAAGAUGGAGUCUUGUGGCUUAGUUCCUGAUAUACACAUUUAUAGUAUUCUGAUUCAUGGAUUGUUCAAGGACGGCAAGGUUGACAAGGCAAGGAACCUUUUUCAUAAUCUUCUUUUGAAGGGUUUACAGCCUAGUGUCAAAACCUACACCAUUAUGAUCCAUGGAUUCUGCCAAGAAGGGUUGCUGGAAGAAGCAUAUAAGAUACUUUUGGAAAUGGAAGAACACAAUUGCUUGCCUGAUGAAGUUACCUACAACACUCUUAUUCGUUGCUGCUUUAAGAAUAAGAUGUAUGAUGGAGGUUGUAUGCUUAUAGAUGAGAUGGUUGCUCAUGGUUUCAAAGCAGAUGCCUCUACCGCCUCGAUGCUAUUUAAUUUGCUGCAAUUAAAAGAGCAGGACCCUGCGCUCGUUGCUUUGCAGAAGAAGUUCAUGCCUUGACUACGCGAGUUUAUUAAGAUUAAACUUAUUGCGGCUACUUUGUGAAUAAGAGAAACGACGAAGGAUGUGUGCUUAUAGACAAGAUGGUUGCUCAUGGUUGUCCUACUGCAUGCCUCUAGAACCUCCAUCUUGUUAGACUUGAUCGAAGUAAAAGGACCGGCUCUCCUUGCUUUGCAGAAGAACUUUUUGCCCCUGAGAACGUUAAGGAGAGAGUUUGUUAAGGUACACAAUACUUAUAAACUGCCAACACUUCGUCAGAGUUUGCAGCAGAUUUUGAAGGCAAUAGAAACUUUGAUAUUGGAAUUCAUGAUAUGUAAUGUUGUUAAAUAUCAAAUUUUAAGAUGGUGGUCAUAUUUUGUAUUAGAGCAUGUAUUUUCUUUGACAAUGCAGAAAAGCUGGUUCCUCAAGAGAUGCAGAUACCACCUCACAGGAUAUUGGAAUUCAUGAUAUGUAAAUUGUAAUGUGAAAUGGAUGUAGACAUUGAUAUUAUACUGGUUUCAAUUUGGCAGCGGCACACAUAAUAAUAGUAGGAUAAUUAGCUGGUCUGCUUUUGCAAAGGAGAUCUCUUUGCAGGUUGGAGUCUUGGAGGUGCUUGUUUCCUAAAGUGAUGUAUCAUGGAGGUUGUGUACUUAUAGAUGAGGUGUGUGCUCAUGGUUUCAAAACAGAUGCCUCUACCGCCUCCAUGUUAUUCGAUUUGCUGCAAUUGAAAGAGCAGUGCCCCGUGCUCCUUGCUUUGCAGAAGUUCAUGCCUUGAGUACAUCAAGGAGAGAGUUUGUUAAGUUUGACGAUUGACGACUAUGCACUCCAGCUAUAGAUCUGGCCUCACAAUCACCGACGUCAAGAACCUCUUCAGGAUGCCUAGCAGCUCAAGAUCAUCACCGAGACGAUUAAUGGAUCCCAUAAGUUUCUAUCUGGAAAGGGAAGAAUAAGCAGUCAUUUUGUUUGAUCUUUGAUGGACCCUUGGCAAUGGUAGCAUUAUAGGUCAAUAUUGGUAGCAGUUACAUACAAUUGUUUGCCUGAUGAAACACUCUUAUCCGCGGCUGCUUUAAGAAUAAGAUGUAUGAUGGAGGUUGUUUACUUAUAGAUGAGAUGUGUGCCCAUGGUUUCAAAGCAGAUGCAUCUACCACAUCCAUGCUAUUCAAUUUGCUGCAAUCGAAAGAGCAGGACCCCCGCUGCUUGCUUUGCAGAAGAAGUUCAUGCCUUGACUACAUCAAUGAGAGUUUUAUUAGGGUACAGAGUACUUUAAAUUGCCAAAACUUUGUACUAAUUUGCUACAAUAUUUUAUUUCAAUAGCAAGUGUGAUAUCAGCGUUAUAAUAUGUAAUUUUGUUGUACAUCAAAUUCGAAAUGGUGGUCGUGUUAUAUUCUUGUGACAGACAAUAUUCUCCACAUGAGACUUGGUACUACGGUUAAUAACUU